GGAUCCCGCACGAGCGCUCACCUCGGCGCCUCAACCCCGGCGCCCUCCAGCAAAGACCUCAAGUUCGGCAUCGACCGCAUUCUGUCGGCGGAAUUCGACCCCAAGGUGAAGGAAGGCAACACGCUGAGAGACCUCACCUCGCUGCUGGCCGGAGGGCGCCCGGCCGCUGUGCACCUCUCGGGGCUGCAACCCUCCGCCGGCCAGUUUUUCGCGUCCCUGGAGCCCAUGAACGAGGCCUCUGCUCUGCUCAGCCCCUUAAGCUCCAACCCGAGAAAUUCAGUUCAGCAUCAAUUCCAAGACACAUUUCCAGGUCCCUACGCGGUGCUCACCAAGGACACCAUGCCGCAGACGUACAAGAGGAAGCGCUCCUGGUCUCGCGCAGUCUUUUCCAACCUGCAGCGGAAAGGCCUGGAGAAAAGGUUUGAGAUCCAGAAGUAUGUGACCAAGCCUGACCGAAAGCAGCUGGCGGCGAUGCUGGGCCUCACCGACGCACAGGUGAAGGUGUGGUUCCAGAACCGGCGGAUGAAGUGGCGGCACUCCAAGGAGGCCCAGGCGCAGAAGGACAAGGACAAGGAGGCCGGGGAGAAGCCUUCGGGAGGAGCCUUGGGCCAGGGCAACCAGGAAGAGGGGAGCCCCAGCCGCUCGGAGGGCGAGCCAGAGAGCGAGAGCAGUGACUCCGAGACCCUGGACCUGGCGCCCAGCGACUCGGAGCGGACUGAGGGGCCGGAGCAGCCCCUGCACCCGGCCUCGGUCAUCAAGGCCUCGACUGCCACUGCCCUGGUCACGGCUGGCAGUGGCGGCGGUGGUGGCUGCACUUUUGGCUUCAGCAGCCCGAGCAGCCUCGGGGGCACCAGCGCGGGCAGCGGCACCUCGGAGCUGCUCCCGGAACCCCAGCCCGCAGGUGGCAGCUGUGCUCCCCAGAGCCCUGUGCCCAGCCAGGCCCUGCCAGGCGGUUUAUAGACCUAGAGGACAAGGGACCCGCGGCCGGAGGGCAGCUUCCGGGCGGGCUGGGCUCCGCGCCUGCGCCCAGUGGUCGGGACACGCCGGGGACACGCCGGCCCCUUCUCUACUUCAUGCCUGUGGCCGAUCUUGCUCUUGGCACCAGCAGCUCCCCCUGGGAGCGCGGGGCUAACCUGCUCCUCCUUGUGCCCGCCCCCCCCCGGGGUCGUGGCAUAA